UUUUUCAAGGUCAAAAUGAAGCCAAUGUUUGUACUGUUUGGAGCCUUGGUGUGUCUUAUUCUAGUCAGCAAUGCUUCUGCACAAUGUCUUUGUGCUUCCAAAGGAAUGGAUUUUUGUUCCUGUGCUGCUGCCCCACCAGCUGUUCGUCCCGUACCAAAAGUCGUACCACGACUUCCUUUAGCUAAAUUUCCACCAAUCGGAGAUAGCUGUUGGUGUGGCAAACAAGUGGUCGAGCCAGCAAUACCUCCAAAACCAUCGUGCAAAGUAUGUGACACGUUUGAAUGGCUUAGUACACUCAAAACACUUUUAACAAAAAAACUCCUUAACACUGCCAUCGAAGUUAAAAAGAAGUGCAUCGGGCAUAUGCAAACAAAGCUUGAUAAAAUCGAACAACUUGCUGCAUUAGCUGUAGCCCCUCCACCAUUACCUCCUGCAGAAUUACCUUUAGCACCACUUCCAGAGCCUGCUUUGCCUCCGUCAUUGCUCUUUGCUGCUCCAAAGCCUGCAAUUCCAUUAGCUUUGUUGCCAGCAGCUCCAGCGCCUCCACCAACACCAGCUUUACCAGCUUAUUCAUAUUGUAGUUCAUCACAGAAAAACACAUACAACACAACCACUAAUGGUAAUUAUAUUUUAAACGUUGCACAUGAGUUGGUGAGACCGUACAAAAAAAAAACCAAAAUCCCCCCUGCCCCACCCUGCAAAUGCAGUUGUAGUUGUGCUCCAGCUACAGCCCCAGCUCUACCACCACGAGCUCCAACAUGUUUUGAUUCUUUUUUACCACCUUCAGCCCCACCAGCUGCAGCUUUGGCAGUUGCAAGACCUCCCGGUGUACCAGCAGAUCCACUUAGUAUCAGUAUGGCAUUGACAGCGCGAAAAAGUUUUGCCGUACCCGAAGCAAAGCUUAGUUAUGGACCUGUAGCCGCUCCAUUAAAUUAUAUGAAUGUUCGUCGAAUCUACAUGUCAAAUAUUCCCGAAGAAAAGUUAUUCGGUUUGAAUGGUCAAAUAAUUGAAGUGAAGAAGAAAUUCCCAGCACCAACUAAAGCUGAACUUCUUGCCGAAGCUAUAGAAGAGGCUGAAGAAGAAGCUGCUGCUGCAGUAGCAGCUCCAGCUCCAUACUUGUCAUACUCAGAUAUUGGUUAUGGGCCAGCUUUAAUUAAGAAACCAUUAUUUAUGCGGUUGAGUGCACAGGCUACACCUGCAUUGGGAUUGGCGGUGGGGCCAAAACCACUUCUAACAGGUUGUGGAUAUGUUCCAGGGAAAAUUUCACAAGCUCCAGAGUAUCUGGAGCAGCCGUUAGCUUAUGAAGCUCCAUGCUUGUAGAAGGUUGAUAGAAAAAUUUAAGAUUAGAAAUAUUUAAAAUGAAAUUAAUGUGAAUGGAGGGUGUCUAAAUUUGUUGAAGAAUACUUAAAUUAUUAUUUUCUGAUCAUGGUUGUUGUUGAUGUGUUUAGUUUUAAGGAAAAUAUUUAGUUAUAAUGAAUUAAUAAAAA